GUCCGUCUCUUGGGCAUGGUCGGGUUGCGAGCAGUUGCGGCGAUCAUGCUGCUAGCUGUCAUCGGAAUGGUGGCAGCAGCUCUGAGCCGGUCGUUCCACCCCGCGGCGCUCGACUUCGAUCCUGUCAACAGGGGAGUGUACGGGCCAUGGCGUCCGAUGAUUAGGAGGGAUCCGUCCCAGGGAUUCAUCCGACAUCACGUUCUUGGUAGCCAGAUGUCAGAGCAGGGACAGGCCAUGGCGAAGAAGUCCCUGACUGCGGCUUAUGGCCAUCAAAAGUUUUGAGAUGCACUAAAGGGCCUAGCUCUACUGCCUCAGUCUUAACAAACCCCUUGAAGC